AUGGCUGGUGAAGCUGGAAAAGCGAGGACAGUGCUGCUGGCCACGGAGAAGGCCUUCGCGGCGGCGGCGGUCACCAAGAUCGAGGAGGUGCUUAAGGAGGCCAAGUACACCCUCAAGAAGUUGGAGAACUACAAAAGCAAGGACGAGCUCUUGGCCGCAGUGUCCGGCGUGGACGCCAUGAUCAUCCGCAGCGACAUCGUGGAUGCCUCGGUGCUCGAGAAGGCGGAGGCCUUGAAGAUCGUGGUCCGCGCGGGGGCGGGCUACGACAACAUCGACCUCAAGGCCUGCGAGGCCAAGAAGGUCACCGCGAUGAACACCCCGGGGCAGAACGCCAACGCGGUGGCGGAGCUGGUCUUCGGGAUGAUGAUCGUCUCCGCGCGGAACAACUUCGACGGCAGCAGCGGCUUCGAGCUGGUCAACCGGGAGAUUGCCUUCUACGGCUUCGGCGCGGUGGCGCGGGCGGUGCACAAGUUGGCCCAGGGCUUCGGCAUGAAGAGCUUCGCGUACGAUCCCUACAUCCCCGCUGAGAAGAUCAAGGAGAUGGGCGCUGAGCCGGUGGCCACUGUGGCAGGGCUCUUCGAGCAUCAGUAUGUUUCGCUGCACGUGCCUCUGACGGACGAGACCAAGGCAUCCAUCAACAAGGAUCUUUUGUCGAAGAUGCCGAAGGGCGGCACCUUGAUCAACACCGCUCGGGUGGAGGUGGUGCACGAGCAGGACAUGCUCGACAUUUUGAAGACCAGGCAAGACUUCUGCUACCUUUGCGACGUGGCGCCCAAAGACAUCGAGCCCUUCAAGGCUGCGGUGGGGGACAAGUUCGGCAAGCGCCUCAUCUUCACCAAGAAGAAGAUGGGGGCGCAGACGGCAGAGGCCAACGACAAUGCCGGCGUGGCGGCAGCCAAUCAGAUUGUGGGCUUCUUCGAGAAGGGCGAGACCCGGUUCUCGCUGAAGGCAUAA